GUUAGUCUAACAUGGCGGCAACGGGGGUAGAAGUUGCUCCCCGUGGAGACACACCAGGAUCUAUAUUUCCCGAUAUUACCACGAUUGGGUAUUCUGAAAUUGUGACCACCACUGAAGUCGGAAACUUUUCGUCGUAUGGACCCAGAGGAGACACAUGGGAAGAAUGUAUUUAUUGGUUCAAGACAAUGCCCGGUUCUUUUUUCCAGCUGGGAAAUCUAUUUCUUUUGAUGAUGUUCAUGGCUGGUGGAACUUCCGUAACUUGCGCUGUUUUCACUCAUUUUUUGGGGAUUCUGUCUUUCACCAGCUUUAUACUAUGGGCAUACAUUGAUGCCUGCUCUCUGGAUAUCAUGUGCUGGUCGGGCGUGAUAAUUUUAGUGAAUUUGAUUCAGCUGAUUAUCACCUGUAGAAGAUCACGUCGGAUUCAGAAUAUCAUGGGAAAGGAUGGUAUGGGCCAUUUACAUAGCAUUCGCUUUUCCCCAUUCGGAGUACCUCCAAGACUCUUUGUGGAAUUAGUCACGUGCAAGGGAUGUGAAAUAACACAUAUGGAAGCCGGACAAAAUUACGCCACGGAAAACAAGACACCGAUUGAUAAGAUCUCGUUACUUCUAAACGGAAGAAUGAAAGUGCUUUGCAAUGGAAAAUUUCUUCAUUACAUAACACAAGACACAUUUAUUGAUUCUCCAGAAUGGACUGUAGCUGAACCAGAUUCUACACGAUCGUUCAAGGUGACCAUCACCUCUGACGCGGCUUGUACGUAUAUAUCAUGGAAACGAAAAGGACUGAUUGCGCUUUUGUCGAAGCAUAAAAGCCUCAAAAAGAUCAUGUACGCUAUGAUUGCGAAGGAUGUCACAGCAAAAUUCUACGACUUGAAUGACCGUUGCAUUACGGAACGCGGAUUCCGAUAUGACAUUCGUUUACCAUGUGUGAUGUCACUACCUGAAGACGUAGAAAAACGGAACAAAGCUUUCGUUGCGUCUCAUUCAGCACCUGGGACACCUGGCUUGGAUUCGGAAGAUCAUCAGAGCACCACACAACAAGCUGCUUGAAAGUCAUCAUCAUGUCAUCAAUCUCAAAUACCAUGCAUCAUAUUUUUCUGUAGGAAUCUUCGACGUCCAUUUCAUAUUUUAUCAUAAGAAGCUACAUUCAUUCCCAGGCUUACACUAGAAACUAAAUGCUUAACUCGUUUUUAUGACUCAAAAUUUAGGACGCCGACAUCGACAAAAGAAACUUGGGAAAACAGCGGCCGCCAAAUAUGCGAACAUUUUUGCCAGCAAGCUCCGUGCCCGAGUUAGCAUGAGAGCGAUGCAAAGGCCCGUCGUCAAGGUCAGACGGGAGCCUCUGAAAGAAGAGGGCUAAAAGAAAUAGAGAUCUAUAAUGUUAAUAUCCCCUCCAAUUAUAAAUUUUUGGAUGUGCUUCAAUUUCAAAUAAGUUAUACGAAUUUUCAUUCAAUUUGUUAGGUAUUUUUCUCUUUCGGUGUUAAAUAUAAUAUUUAUGAUAUAGCGGAAAA